UCAAACGCUGCUGUGGCAGCCGCGCUUCCCUUUCCAACACCAGGCCUUACUCUUUUACCGCAAGGCUCAAGUCCUACUCCUGGUAUCGCCUACCUUCCUCCAGCCUCACCGAUGCCCGGGAUCUCUAGCCUUUUAGGCCCAGGUGCGUUAGUAGGUGUUGGGGGCCGUCUUUACCAUCAUGGCAACAGAGCUGCCCAUUUGAAAGCAAUGCACCAGCAACAGCAACGGCAACAGCAACUGAUGCUAAUUAUGGCGCAACAGCAGGUAUAUUUUAUUGUCUGA